AUGUGUCCAAAAGACCAACUGGUAGCUGUGACCGGAGCGACAGGUUUUGUCGGGGCACACAUCGUAAAGCAAGCAUUAGAAAAUGGCUACGCAGUUAGAUCUGUGGUGAGGAGCCAGGAGAAAGGAAAGCAAUUGCUUGAACAUUUCCCGUCCUCAAACCAUACAGUAUCAUUUGUCCCCGACAUACGUGACAAAGAAGCACUUGAAAAGGCGUUUCAUGGUGUAAAAGUUGUACAGCAUGUGGCCUCUCCUUACACCAUGGCAUUUGAUGACGCACGUUCAGAGAUGCUGGAUCCAGCCAUUCAAGGCACUCUUGCAGUCUUAGAAGCGGCGGAUAAACAGGGCGUCGAACAUGUGAUAAUAACGUCCUCGUAUGCCGCUAUUAAUUGCUAUGAGAAGGGAGGCGCGAUUCGUGACUAUACAUAUACGGAGGAUGAUUGGAACCCUGCCACGUAUGAUGGUGCCGCGGCAAGUCCAAACAAAGUGUACAUCUAUUCUGCAAGCAAAGCGCUAGCUGAGAAAGCAGCAUGGAACUAUUUGCAGAAGAGGCCGUCUUUUGCCUUGACUACGUUCUGUCCUCCAGGAAUAGUCGGGCCCAUUGUCCAUCCAGUCAAAGCCCUUGAUCAAUUAAAUACUUCAUGUGCGAACGUGUGGCGUCUAAUCUCGGGUCAAACGAAUGGACAAGUUCCACCCACACUGCUUCCCCAGACAGUAGACGUGCGGGAUGUGGCAAAAGCUCAUGUAUAUGCUAUGUCGAACCCGCGCUCUAAGGGAGAGCGAUUUAUCCUUCGUGGGUACUACAUUGACAUGCAAGUAAUCGUAGACUACCUACGCGAAAUCUUCCCCAGUCAUCGAGCCACGAUUCCUGUCGGUGAGCCAGGUACCCGCAACCAGCCUGGCCCGGUGGCCAGACUCGAUGCAUCCAAAGCUGAGCGUCUACUUGGAAUGACCUGGACAACGUGGAAUGAAACUUAUAAAGAUCUUGCUACCCAGCUAUGGGAUAUGUCAGAAAAAUAG